AUGUCAGCGCUGGCACCACGCCUCUACGGCUUGAUCUCUCAGCCAGGCGAUGGCGCCGGACAGCCACCAUUUGACACCAGUGCCCAGCAGCCGAUUUCUGAUCCUGGCGAUGCUGCCGGGCUGUUCCCAUUUGACGGCAACGGCCACCCUCUGGUAGCAGACAGCCGCCAUUUGGUAGCCCUGGUCAGCAGCAACCCAAUGACACUAGCCAGCAGCCUGGAAGCAGGCCCAACACCAAUCUGCAACAGCCCACCGGCACCACCCAACCCCAGAGCCAGCCCACAGCUGUCCAGGACUCUGCUUCGUCAAUCGCAGACCAUUCCAGCGUCAAUUCUAGAGCGUAUGUCGAGCCUGUUCAACUUUGGCCAGGAAUCUGUGUCAUCGCCUUCCCGGAGCGCUGAGCUGCGCACCGAUAGUCUCUCCACGCAGCAGGAGGAAUCAGCAGAGACGCCCGGGGACCUCCACGCCAAUACGGGCAAUGUGGGCAGGUCGGUGGCUGCGUGCGCUGUGGCUGUUGCCGCUGCAUGCAUUCUUUCUGGAUCCAUCUAA